AUGAGCCACCAACGGUACCCUUCCCACGACCCGAUAAAAGAACCACACGCAAUAUCCUUAAAGGUUCUAAGGCUCUCGCGACCCUCCCUCGUCGUCCAAUACCCCGUUCAACCACCGACAGCAACAACCCCCACAACUACAACAAUCCAACCCCCCUCCUCCGAAGCCUCCCUAGCCUACACGCGCUCCGACACAAACCCCGACCCCUUCAUCCUCUCCCCAGCCGUCAGCCUCCCACUCUCCUUCGGCUCCGCCUUCGUGGGCGAAACCUUCAGCUGCACCCUCUGCGCCAACAAUGACCUCGACGCACCCGAAGCCGGCGCCGGCGCCCCUCUACAAAAACACAUCCGCGACGUCCGCAUCGAAGCCGAGAUGAAAACUCCCGGCGCCUCCUCCACGGUGACUAAGUUGAACCUCCUCCCCGCCGACGACGGCGCAGUGGGCUCAUCGUCGGGCGUAGACCUCGAGCCGGGCGAGACGCUGCAGAAGAUUGUGUCGUUUGAUUUGAGAGAGGAGGGAAAUCAUGUACUUGCCGUUACGGUGAGUUACUACGAGGCGACGGAGUUGAGCGGGCGGACAAGGACGUUUAGGAAGUUGUAUCAGUUCAUAUGCAAAUCUUCGAUGAUUGUGAGAACGAAAGCGGGACCGUUGAGAAGAGUAGGCGGUCAAGGGGAGGAAGGCAAAGGCGGUGGGCCCAGAAGUCGGAGGUGGGUGCUUGAGGCGCAGUUGGAGAAUUGCAGCGAGGACGUGAUCCAGUUGGAGAACGUGCUGCUGGAUCUAAGGGAUGGGCUAGAGUAUAGCGAUUGUAAUUGGGAGAUGGGAGGGGUGCCGAGGCCGGUUUUACAUCCAAGUGAGGUGGAGCAGAUUUGUUUUGUUGUGAGGGAGAAGGAGGGUGCCAGCGUGGCGGAUGAGGCUGAUGGGAGGACGGUGUUUGGGACGCUGAGUAUUGGAUGGAGAGGGGAGAUGGGAAAUAGAGGGUUCUUGAAGACGGGGCAGCUUGGAUCGCGGAGCUUGAGGCAGUCGAGGUAG